AUACUGUUUACUUAUUACAAAAAUAAGAUGGACGUAAAUAUGUAAUUGCCCUGUGUUUCUAGAAUAAGAAGAACGUUGGAUAUAAAUGUGUCAAUUCUAAAAGUGUUGCAGCGAGAGUUCCUCAGUUCAUUAUUUUUAUGAAUUUUAACUUGAACUUGUUUUAUGCAAACAGUGAAAGCUUAAGAUGACUUGUUUUGUAGCAAUUCUGAUUUGGAUUUCAUACAUUGUUGGUUCGUUGUUUUGUGAAGCAGCGGCAUGCUUCCGACUUCUCGGCGGAACACAUGAUAGGGAAGGGUUUCUGCAGAUUAAUGUGAAUAACGUUUGGCAAAACGUUUGCUUGAACGACGAUCUACACGUUGUGGACAUUCGUCGUGACAUCUGCCAUCCUAUUUACAGCAACACUAAGGGUGCGUCCAUAAUAAAUGAGCCAUUGCUUUAUGAGAACAAACCAGGUGAAGGGAACAUAACAAUCAACAACCUUACCUGCCAAGCCACCAUGGAAGCAACUGACGCUUGUCCAAAAUUUAUAAUAUGCUGCCAAGACGAACCGAUUAGCAAACAACUUAGUCAUUGCAGCUCAAAUUGGUUGGAGACGGAAUACUGCUACCAUGGCAAAGUUGUCGGAAUCCAUUGGUUCCUUAAAUACAAUGAUAAUCAGAACGUCCGAAGAGCAUGGACCAGUUCAGCAUUCAAAGAUUCGUGCAAGACCAAUACAAGUUAUUCCGUUACCAUAGCGAACAAGUUGAACAAGUGCUUGCGGACUGUUCAUAACAAUUCAGACAAUUCGUACGCAUUGAUAGAGGGAGAUAAUUGCAAAUGGACAACAGAAAUAAAAUGUGAAAAUGCGCAAACAUUCGAGUUACUUCAGGACAAAACCGAGAGUAUGGAUGGCCUACAUUGUGUUACAGUGGAAGUACAAAAUGGGACCAGGAACAUCUCAAUAGCUCACUGUUUCUCGUAUCUACCUGCAGUUUGUCUGGUGGGAAAGCAAGUUCCAGGAAACGAAACAGAACGUCCAGCCGAGGAUAAAACAAAAUAUUUAACAAAGAACAUCAGGAGCUUGACCACACCUUCAUCGAAUGAAAAAGAAAAUGUUUUGUCAUACUUAGCUAUUUUAGCCAUUGUACCAUUUGCCUUCUUGGUUUUCAUCCUUGUGUUUAUAGCGCGCUAUCAUAUCAGGAAGUCUAGAAAAAGAUUGAUUGAACGUCAACGACCGAAUUCCGUCCAAAAUCACACCUACGGUCGCGGAAGGGUUGUUGAAGAAAGUAUAGAGGAAACAUACAAUCUAAUUAAUGACUUUGAGCUCAAAGACUUUAAACCAGAACUACCGGCCAGAGGUCAACACAAUCAGAUAUUGGUACUUGAUGAUUAUAGCAUGCCUCCUGACGCAAUCCCACAGAAGACGGAAUCCGAUGAGUAUUUUGUUACAUAUGACGAUCCCAUUCGAUCUUUGGUUAAGCAGCAUAAUGAAGCUGACCAAAAACAGCGAUAUGAUAUCAACCAUCUAAGCGAAACAAGAGUUGAAUCUUUUAAAAGGAAAUUUCAAGAUGAUAAAGGUUUGUGCUCUUCUACUUACACGGAUAAAUCUAGCCUGGUUUUAAACGAAGAACAUGUUGAAUUUAAUAGAAUUCCGCCUUCAGAGACAUUGUCAUUGAACAGAACAGGGCGAUUUAAAAAGUUUAGCUUUGAGACGAAAAAACAUUCGUAUAAAUCGAAAGAGACCAACAUUGUAAAUUUCGAUUUCUUAGACAAGAAAAUCGCUUCAGAACCAAGCAUUUCUAUUCGUUCGGAAAACAAUUCUGUGCUAACCGGAGCAUGCGAAAGUGAUGAAAGAUCACCAGAAAACAUCGCCGCGGACCAAACCAAAACCAGCGGUUCUCUCGACGGAAUUGCAUUACAAAACAGAGUGUCUGUCGAAUCGUCAAAUGGAUACACCGACUGCAUAUCUAAACGUCCCACAAAGCUUAUAAAGCAGAGUGAAGAUAGUGACGAUUACGAAGAUACUUCGAAUGUAAAUCAUGAACAGCUGUGCGCAGAUGCAAAACCAAAAGAGCAUUUAUUUCAUAACCAUGUAUGUAUCGACUGCCUGACUCCAGACCAUUUAAAGAAACUUGGUAUCAGGAUUAUUCCAGAUGAAAGUGCAUAUACCUCAUACAACUUAAAUAUUCCAAAAAGGUUCUCGGACUCUGCACUUGAGCUUUAUAUUAAUACCGCAGGUCUUAAGAAAUCUCAAUGGUCUAAAUUUUCUUCAAAGUCAUUCGAUAUGGCAGAUGAAGAAAAUAAACCAAACGAAAACCUAAAGAAGAGCUGCUCUAAAGACGAACUCGAAAUAUUUCACAAAAAGCAGCGAGCGAAGGAAGAAAAUGCCUAUUUUAAAUGUCCGCGAAAAUGUUCUCUAUGUCAUGCGGAUUCUUAUGACAUAUUAGGUGCGUUUUCAAAGAGCAACGAUACUAGUGAUUCUGAAAAUGUUUAUCAUAAAUUAGCAGAUGUGAGGAUAUGGACACCAAAACAUGUUCGGUGUAGACAUAUGCGACACAAAUCGACGUAGUUCUCAAUACCUACGACAAAUAUUAGAUCAGUCUAACAUUCUUAGGGACGAAUGUCUUUAAUGGAUUGGCAACAAGAAUCAUCCGUAUGAAUGGUAAUUUUCAAGCAUGUAAUAAGUAAGAAAUGACUGAGCACAUGGGGUAAUGAGCAUUGGUAGACAGGAAGUAGACAUGAAACUCUGAAUAUUCGUUGGAAAUCAAAUAGUUUCAAUGUUUUGAAUUCAUUUGGAGUGCUUGUUUGACCGUUGAUUUAUUGUAUGGUAUUUUUUAUUAAAAUGUUGUUUACACUAGCGAGUUAAACUCAGUGACCAAACCGAUAUGUUCGUAAUAUACAAAAAUAAAUAUGAAAAAUAUGAAAUAUUUACGACAACAAGAAAACAUAUAUAACAAUAAUGUAAAGUCUUCCAAUGCAGACCUGUUCAACAGCAUUGUAACACCAUGAUAAAAAGAAGCGAUUAAACAACAUUCGUACAUUUCACUUGCAUCUUUCAAAGACAUAUCACAAAAUAUAAGCGAUAUUCUGGUGCUUUUUUAACUUGGUAAUAAUGGCGACGUAGACAUUAAUUAAAAAUAUUUUUAUAAGCAUUGAUAUUUUGUAUCUGUACCUAAAUAAUAUGCUAUCUUCUUGUUUUAAAGUCAAUUGAGAUCAACAUGAACAUGCAUUAAAAUAAGAAGAAAAAAAUGCAUCAGCCUUUAUUGUGCGCCCUCAAACACUCCACAGAGGGUUCAAGUUACAUACACAAGCGAGUUAAAUAUAGUGACCAAAACGAUAUGUUUGUAAUUGUUUACAAAAAUAAAUAUGAAAAAUAUGAAAUAUUUACAACAAGUAGAAAACAUACAUGUAUUACAACAAUUCAUCGUUUAACAAAAUGUAUAUAUAAUCAGUAUUCAAAAUACACCCCAGACAAUGCAAUAUAAACCAUUCAUACAUUUUAAAUGCUUAUAUAUAUCUGUAAUAAAAGUGGUCAAUUGUUA